AUGGACCAGACGGGAGGCCAUUCGGCUCCUCCGGGCUACAGUGAGGAGCCGCCGUCCUACUCGCUUCCCAACAAUUAUGACGAUAACGAUGACAUGAGAACCUCCAUGUCCGCGGCUGGAGUGAAUGCCUCCGCGACAAUGCGCCUGCUGCCUGCUGGCUCCGGAAGCAGUAUAAACGAAAAUUAUGAUACCUAUGAUGCAUACGAUGCCUACGCCGUUGGCAGUGAUCUUGGUAGCGCGCAGUUCGGGAUGCAGAAUUCUUCAACAUUACAACGUCAACAGUAUGUAACAUCGCAAGAUGGCAGCAGCACACAGCAACCACAACCAGACGCAGCUUCAGGCAGCAAGAUACCAAACGAGCUCCCUGCCACACUUCCCAAGACCACAGCACCAGUCAACUCCCCAUCCCCUGCCUCUCCUGAUCCUCCCCUCUUUGCCUUGCCCUAUGAUAUUCCUCUUGAGAAUCUCUCCAAGAGAAAUUCCCCUAGUCACUCUACCAACACCAGCCCUAUCAAAUAUAGCACAAGCAGAAAAAAAUCUUCAUUACGUAUAUGUCUCCCUGCUGUACCUGCUCCCCUACGUUUAGCCAGCCCAAAACCGCUAUUGAUUCCAAGAACCAAGCGUCAAAAUGAUAGCCUUGCCCUUGACCACUGGUCCCUUCCCCCAAUUCAAACUACAACUGAAGGCACAUUGCCGUCCAUCCAGGAAGCAAUCGAUGAAUUAGAAGCUGACCAAAAGUUAACUAGCUCUCCCGUAUCCCCCUCGAGAUCCUCAUCCCAACGUUAUCAACCCCUUCAACAUCAACCCUCUAUCGCCAGUGCUUCUAUUUCACAACGCGCCUCUGCUAUGGGCCCAGCUCCAGUUAUCUCACCCCCGGACGCACCAAACAUGGAUGGAUCCCACUAUGCAGGACGCCCGCCAUCACCUACCAGGUCCUGGACUCCUUCACGCAGCACACGCUGGCGGGGUCGCCCAUCAUCUGUUUCGAGCAUUAACUAUGAACCCGAGGACAUCAAUGGAAGUCCACGCCCUGGAACUCCGAGUUCAAGAUAUGGGGGGAGUCCAAGACGUCCUCUUCCCCCAGCACCGCUGUUCUCUGCCACUGCCCCGUUAUCAUCCAGCGAGACCGCCAUUGAUAUUGGAGAGGCUGACGAAUAUGAUGAAACGGACGAUGUGUUUGGAGGUAACGGUAGAACCAUAGAUCCCAAACGUUCUUCCCAUGGGAGCCUCAGGUCUUACGGAUCAUAUUUCAGCGAGUCUACUAUGGUGACAGAGGAAAAGGAACAUAUGAAAAAGGGUAACCUGGAUGAUGACGACGAGAGCUAUGCCGAAGUGUAUGCUUCAGCUCCCACUGGCCGUCAGGACAGAAGAGGUGUGAGGCAGGCAUUAAUGACAAAGAAGGAAGUCAAGCUUGUCAACGGAGAGCUUAUCCUGGAAUGUAAGAUUCCUACCAUCUUGCACAGCUUCCUGCCCCGGAGAGAUGACCGAGAAUUCACCCACAUGAGAUACACUGCCGUCACCUGCGACCCCGACGACUUUGUAGCAAAGGGAUACAAGCUUCGUCAAAACAUUGGCAGUACUAUGAGAGAAACAGAGUUGUUUAUAUGCGUCACGAUGUAUAACGAAAACGAAAUUGACUUCACCCGUUCGAUGCAUGGAAUCAUGAGAAACAUUUCCCACUUCUGCUCCAGAACCAAGUCACGAACAUGGGGAAAGGAUGGAUGGAAGAAAAUCGUUGUUUGCAUCAUUGCUGAUGGAAGACACAAAGUUCAUCCUCGCACCUUGAAUGCGCUAGGUGCCAUUGGCGUAUAUCAAGACGGCAUUGCAAAGAACAUCGUCAAUCAGAAAGAAGUCACGGCCCAUCUGUACGAAUACACAACCCAGGUCUCUCUAGAUCCAGACUUGAAGUUCAAGGGUGCCGAAAAGGGUAUUGUGCCUUGCCAGAUGAUGUUCUGUCUCAAGGAGCGAAAUCAGAAGAAGCUCAAUUCCCAUAGAUGGUUCUUUAAUGGGUUCGGCCGUGCAUUGAACCCUAAUGUCUGUAUCUUGCUUGAUGUUGGAACAAAGCCGGAACCAACUGCCUUGUACCAUCUUUGGAAAGCAUUUGAUCAGGACUCUAACGUUGCUGGCGCUGCCGGGGAAAUCAAAGCAGGCAAAGGAAAGGGAUGGGUCGGCCUACUUAACCCCUUGGUUGCCUCUCAGAAUUUUGAGUACAAGAUGUCUAAUAUUUUGGAUAAACCAUUGGAAUCUUUGUUCGGGUAUAUCACUGUGUUGCCCGGUGCAUUGAGUGCUUAUCGAUACCAUGCACUACAGAAUGACUCCACUGGACAUGGCCCUCUCAGUCAAUAUUUCAAGGGUGAGAUGUUGCACGGAAAGAACGCUGACGUCUUCACGGCAAACAUGUAUCUUGCUGAAGAUCGUAUUCUCUGUUGGGAAUUGGUUGCUAAACGAGAUGAGCAAUGGCUUUUGAAAUUCGUCAAGAGCGCUGUUGGUGAAACUGAUGUUCCAGAUACUGUACCCGAGUUUAUUUCUCAACGUCGACGAUGGCUUAAUGGAGCCUUCUUCGCCGCUGUUUAUUCUCUGAUUCAUUUUAGACAGGUUUGGAAGACCGACCACACGGUUGCUCGGAAGAUAUUGUUGCAUAUUGAAUUCAUCUAUCAAUUUGUCAGCUUGAUCUUUACAUUUUUCUCUCUUGCAAACUUCUAUAUCACCUUCUAUUUCGUUGCUCUAGCUGUGGCGGAUCCAAAGAUAGAUCCGUUCGGUCAUGGAAUAGCCAACAUCAUCUUCAUCAUUUUGAGAUAUGCUUGCGUCUUACUUAUUUGUUUACAAUUUAUACUUUCCAUGGGCAACCGACCUCAAGGUGCGAGGAAAAUGUUCUUGAGUGGAAUGAUUGUAUACAGUAUAAUCAUGGUGUACACAACAUUUGCCGGUUUAUACGUUGUCAUACGUCAAUUCACGGCAAAGGAAAACAAAAAUAACCUAACUCUAGGACAAAACGUAUUCACUAACGUGAUUGUGUCGACCCUGUCAACCAUUGGUCUAUACUUCAUCAUGUCAUUUAUCUACCUUGAUCCUUGGCACAUGUUUACCUCGUCUGCCCAGUACUUUGCCCUUUUACCCAGCUACAUCUGUACGCUUCAGGUUUAUGCCUUUUGCAAUACUCACGAUGUUACCUGGGGUACAAAGGGAGACAAUGUCUUGCACACCGAUCUCGGUGCGGCACGUAUUACCGGCUCCUCAACAGUCGAACUUGAAAUGCCCUCUGAGCAACUCGACAUUGACAGUGGAUAUGACGAGGCAUUGCGCAACCUUCGAGACAGACUCGAAGUUGAGAAACCGCCCUUGUCCGAAUCCCAGAUGCAAGAAGAUUACUACCGCGCUGUCCGAACAUACAUGGUCUCUGUAUGGUUGAUUGCCAACGCAAUUCUAGGCAUGGCCGUGACAGAGUCGUACAGCACCAAGCACAUUGGAAGUAACGGCUACCUAGCCUUUGUGCUCUGGAGCGUUGCUGGUCUGGCUGUAUUCCGCGGCAUCGGUUCUACAGCCUUUGCAGUUCUCAAUGUUGUCCAGAUGCUCGCUGAGGGCAAGAUGAAGUUUAGCGCUGGCAAGUUCCCUAUUGGAAGCAGUGCAGGAAGCUCCGGCGCUCCCAGCUCGAUUGGAAAGAGGAUUCCGCACAGGAGUGUCAAGAAAAAAGUCACUGACUGGUUUACUGAAACCGGCUGGUCUAUUCAGAGAAACCUUAAUACGGUGACCUACAAGAUAGCCUUUUUGGGAGGGAAAUGA